CAUCCCCACCUGACGUCAACCGCCCGCCCGGCGCGAGCCGGUUCUACCCGUCGCGGCGCGAGGCCUCCCCCGCCUCCCCCCAGGGGCGGGGCCGUUACGGUCCCGUCCGGCGCGAGGCUCCUCCCCCCCUCCGCCCCCGCCCCCCCCGCGGAGCCGGCCGGGGGCCGGGAUGGCGGCGGCGGCGGGGGGCGGGGCCCGGGAGGAGGAGGAGGAGGAGCGGGAGGUGGUGCGGGUCCGGGUCAAGAAGCGCGAGGGGUUCCUGCAGCCCGAGUUCCGCACCUUUGCCGUCGACCCCCAGAUCACCUCGCUGGAUGUCCUACAGCACAUCCUCAUCCGCGCCUUCGACCUCAACGGGAAGAAGAACUUUGGGAUCAGCUACCUGGGCCAGGAGAAGCAGGGCCAGGAGACGUACCUGUCGCUGCUGUCGGACUGGGACCUGGCCACGGCCUUCGCCAGCGCCUCUAAGCCUUACCUGCAGCUCCUCGUAGACAUCAAGCCUUCGGAAGACAGCCCCCUGCUGGAGGACUGGGACAUCAUCAGCCCCAAAGAUGUCAUCAGCACUGAUCUGCUCCUGGUGGAGAAGAGGUCCCUGGCGGCGGCCGCCCUGCCUUUUACCCAGUCCAUCAUCUCCCAGGUGGGCCGGACGCUGUCGAAGGUCCAGCAGGCUCUGAGCUGGUCCUACGGGGAGGACGUGAAGCCGUUCAAACCGCCGCUGAGCGACUCCGAGUUCCACACCUACCUGAACCACGAGGGGCAGCUGAACCGGCCCGAGGAGCUGCGUCUGCGCAUCUACCACGGCGGCGUGGAGCCCUCACUGCGGAAAGUGGUGUGGCGCUACCUGCUGAACGUCUACCCAGACGGGCUGACGGGCCAGGAGCGCAUGAACUACAUGAAGCGCAAGACGCGGGAGUACGACCAGCUAAAGGGCCAGUGGGCAGAGCGGGCCAGCCCUGAAGACCUGGACUUUAUCCGCAGCAACGUCCUCAAGGAUGUUCUCCGCACGGACCGCACCCACCCCUACUACGCCGGCUCGGAGGACAAUCCACACCUGACCGCCCUUCACGACCUGCUGACCACCUACGCCGUCACCCACCCGCAGAUCUCCUACUGCCAGGGCAUGAGCGACAUCGCCUCGCCCAUCCUGGCCGUCAUGGACAACGAGGCCCACGCCUUCAUCUGCUUCUGCGGCAUCAUGAAGCGCCUGGAAGGCAACUUCCAGGUGGACGGCGAGGUGAUGUCCCUCAAGUUCUCCCACCUCAAGCUCCUCCUCCAGUACUCGGAUCCUGAGUUCUACGCCUACCUCCUCUCCCGGGGCGCCGACGACUUCUUCUUCUGCUACCGCUGGCUGCUGCUGGAGCUGAAACGGGAGUUUGCCUUUGAGGAUGCCUUGCGGAUGCUGGAGAUAACCUGGAGCUCCUUGCCACCGGAUCCUCCGGAGAAGGAGGUGGAGCUGGUGGGGCCGCCGGUCAGGCUUAGUGAGAGUGGCCAGCCUGUCCGCCAACGCCACAUGCUGCGACCCACCUGUAGCUUCGAUGCGACUGGGGACCGUCCUUGCUUGGAGGAGUCCGGAGCCCGGCCCUCCUUGGAGGAGCCCGGAGCCCGGCCUUGCCUGGAGCAGAAGACCUUAUUGAAGCAAUCCAGCUUUGGGGAAUUCAAGUACUACAGCGCUCGUGAGGACAGCUCCGAGGAAGAGCCUUCACUGAGAUCCCAGCGCUCCAUGGAGGAAGAGGAGGACUUCUGCAGCGAGCAGGACCCCUUGCUCCAGCUCCCGGCCAUGACCAAGUCUUUCUCCGCCCCAUCCCUCCGGCCCCUUACCCCGCCCACGCCCUCCGGAGACUCCCCCUCCUCCCCCUCACCCCUCUCUGGCAGCGAGAAGAACGAGAGCCUGCCGGAGGAGAAGGGAGAUUUGGCAGGUGACACGCCGUCCUCCCCACCCAGCAGCCCCCUCCCCGCCGCCCCAUCCCCAGCCACGGUGAGCUUGCCUCCGCCGCAGGAGUUCGGCAAAGGCAACCCCUUCAUGCUCUUCCUCUGCCUGGCCAUCCUGCUGGAGCACCGGGACCACAUCAUGAAGAACAACAUGGACUACAACGAGCUGGCCAUGCACUUUGACCGCCUGGUGCGCCGGCACAAUCUGGCCAAGGUGCUGCACCGGGCCAAAGCCCUCUUCGCCGACUACCUGCAGUCCGAGGUCUGGGACUCCGAGGAGGGGGACGAGGCGGCCGCAGAGUCCCCAGCCGUCUCGUGACACCCCCCCCUCCCCUGGGGAUUGGAUCCUCCCCAACUCUCCCGCCACUCCCCCUUCCGGCAACCUCCUUGAGACUCAUCACAGGUCAAUCCUCUCUAUUUCCCCCUGGAUCUAAUGAUCUCCUUGGAAUAUUCUUCAUGAACCAACUGGGAUCUGCCCUUUCCACUGGCAUCUUCUCUAAUUUCAAUUAUCUCCUUGGAUGAUCCGUCAGAGACCAACUAGAAUAUCUCCCUCCCUGUUAGAUCCCCUUCUGACCCCCCCUCCCCCUUGGAUUUAAUGUUCUCCUUGGAAGAUCCCUCAUGGACCUACCAGGAUCUGGCCUUCCCAGUGGGAUCCCUGCCAGCCAUCCCCUUCUGACUCCAGUGAUCCUUUUGGAAGAUCCAGCCCUUCGGAAGAUCCUUCAGAGACCCAACCAGGAUUGGCCACUCGGACUCCGGUGCCUUUUUCUUUUAUGUGCAUUAGUUGAUCCGGUUUUUGGUUUCCUUCCCCGCUGCGGCCGCAGCCUCUGACGGCGUCGCUGCCAAAGCUGGGGAGCACGCCCAACGCCCCUCCCCAGAUCUUCAGACUCUUGACCACUGGGAUGUACGUGCUCUUUUCUGUUCCGUUUUGGAUCCGCUUUUCACUGACCCAGAACUUGGCUGGUUGCCUUUUAAACCAAGUUGCCCAGUCGUGGUAUAGUUCCUCCUCCAAUGAAGAGAUCAAGUGGAAUUUAUUCCGCGCUUUGGAGGAAGACCAGACAUCAGCUGCAUGAUGCAAAGGGACGGGAAUCCGGGAUACUAGGGGAUCAAACAACAUAUGAUCUCUGCUGGCUUGCCACUUUCAUUCGUUAGCCGUUUCCCUGGGCAAACAGACCCCAGUGGCUCCCUGGAUUUGCUUGGCUGUAAAACUAAUCAGAGAUCUUCGAUCAGCCGAGCCUUUCUGUUCCUGGUUUUAACGAGAGAUCAGCUGUUGACAGGAUGGAGGCAAGACCUGCCCGCCUGUGGAUUGACUUCUGGGGCAGGAUCCGUAUUGGUGGGGAGAGGGGCGGGGCAGAGGGAUCGUAAACAAAACCAUUUCCGUUGAUCGCGCCUCAUCGCGCUGCGUUGGCAUCCCUGCGGCGGGUUGGCUGUGGUGUGCGAUCUGCUGAUGGCCUGUCCAGAAGCGGGUCCUGAUCUCGGCUGAGCCAGCAUCAGUCUGGAGCUUCUCUGGACACUGCCGAGAUCGGCGCCUCGCUCGUUUCUAUGACACGGGAUCGGAAGCGGUGCCUGGCCUGCGUCAGCCGCGCCGAUCUGGGAAUUUCUGCAGACGAAGACGUCUUCCGAACAUCCUCUUUCCCCUUCGCGUCCGCCCGGAGGAGAGCAGGGCUUCAUCGCUGGGAUCUAGCCCCUGAUGCCUUUUUGUUUCCGUGGCAUCCUUCUGCGUUGGCCUUAUCUUAGCUCAGAGACCCACCUCCUACAUCAGCAUCUGUGUUGGAUUGUCUGGCUCAAGACUGCUACGGAUAUUUCCCCCCUCCAGAUAUCUGCCCAUCCUAUUGUCCCAGAUCCGGGCUCUUUGUACGAAGUCUGAUAUGAAUCGCUUAUUGCAGCCAUGUGGGGUUUAGCGUCUCUAAGGCAGAUGAAGCAGAGAGCUGGCUGUGUCGUAGCAGAGAAGGGGAUUUACUCUAGGUCCUAUUGGAAAAACAAACAACAAGUCCCUGUAGGGACGCAGUCUGGCCACUAGAGGUCACCGUUGGGCUUUGCAGAUCUGAGUUCUCUACCCCAGGAAGGUUCUGGGUUGUGAGAUCCCCCCAGGAUCUAGGUAGGGAUGGGGAGAUCCCCACGGUGUCAGUUCGGGGGGGAUCUUUCUGGUGAUCUGUGGGAUCGCCAGAGUUGGUACCGGAGGGACCGGCAGGCAGAGCCCGGAUUGGCAGGCGUCUCUGGGGGGGUGUAUCCGGCGUGUGGGAGGUCCCGAUCUUGGGUGUGGAGGGAGAUUGGCCUGCCCAGAGCCUGCACUGGUGGGGCCCCGUCCCCCACCCAGAGCUCCUCCACACCUCCCCCCCCCCCCCAACUUGCCAUGGCGGGGGAGAGAAAUUGAUUAGGACUUGGUGCCCUCUGUGGCAGCAGUUGAUGCUUAUCUGGGCUGCUGGACUAGGCUGGUGCACCGGGGCUGUGGGCCAUGGGGCGCAGACAGGGGGGACUGGCCCCUCCCACCAGAUUAACUUCCACCUCAGUUACAACCCACAGCUAGUCACCUGUAGCAGUCCUGUCCUAGUCAGUUUCACACCCCUGGGCUGGCCCAGCUGUAACUGACUAGCCGCAGGAGCAGGCUGGCGACCCUGGGCUCGCCCGCGUCCCAUUAGGUCCAACUGGCCCCGAGCCCGAUCGAGACUCCCGUGGCCCCUGCUAAAGGCCAUUCGGUUCUGGGCCGCUUGUCUCCUUGAGAGCAAGGUGGGCUGGCUUGAAUCCCAGGCGCUUUCCAUUUGUCAAAUUUGACCCGCGUCGGUAUCUUCUCGCCUUUGGCUUCCUCCGAAAAGCAACGGCUUUAAAACCCCACAUUCCUCCGUGCUCCGCGGCCCCUUCCCUCGUCCCGGCAGGGAGUCGGGCGCCAGCUGGGCUCUAACCUGGAUCGCGCAUGGGCCAAAUCUUAAAAUCGGGUUCCAGAUCUUCCCAGCGGGAGCUAGGGCAGGGGUGGGCAGUUAUAGGGCUGCUAGGCAGCAGUGAGGCUCUGUGGGAACAGGGGUGCCCAGGGGGUCACCCCUUAGAUCCAGGGGCGUUUGCCUCCCCGUCUGUUGUUGGCUCCAGCGUCUUGCCAAUGCCGGGAAGGCGCCUGAGUCCGGCGUCCAGCAGAAUGGACAUAGCGCACGCUCCCCCUACAGCCCAUUGCGGGGGAGUGCGAUGGGCUGACCCCAGCGGGUGGCGUGCUCCUUGAUAGCCCAUGGGGGGCGGUAGCGAUCACUCUCCUCCGCCCUUCCCGUGCCCCCCCGGGCGGCCCCACAAUAGCUUAGCUCCGAACAAACACACACCAAGCCCUGCCCUGUUACUUUGGGGCUAGAUCAGACCCGUCCUAGCGGGCUGUUUCCUCCAGAGCUCCCAGCGUGAGGAAACAAGGAAGCCGCCGGUGUGUCUCGGACAGCUCCGGUUAUUUGUGCCGCUUCCUCUGAACGGGCAGGGGGUUCUUGGAUCUCACCGCCGGAGGAGGGUCAAACUUGAAUCUCAUGGACACUCGCGUCCUUAAAACACCUCCAUCCUUAUUGCCAAGGUUCGGAUCUUCUGAUCGUGGCCAAGAAACGGGGAGUCUCUUUUCCAAAGCUGGCCAGAAACCAGGCCCUCAAACGAAUCCUCGGCGUCUGUUCCUGGCAAAAGCGAGCAGGACAUGGCGGGAUCGCUCGUCGCCUUCCAUUUUGUCUUUCCCCACUCUCUCCUUGCUCUGGAUUUAAACGCCCCGGUAGGGGAUCCAAGGUUACUAUCUGACUUGCCCAUGGACCUGCUAGUGAUCCCACCCAAUCUGAAAGGUGCAGGGAGGAAAAAUGUUUUCCUCUGUGAGUUAGAAAGUGCUCAAAGACCAUAUCCCCAAGUGGGGAAGUCAACAGUGCGAUGCUGAUUUCCACCACCUGAGGAUCCGGGGCAGGGGCGACUCGAGCUUUUUUGCCGCCCCAAGCAUGGCGCGCCUGCGGGAGUUCCCCAGUCCCGCAGAUUUGGCGGCAUGCCUGCAGGAGGUCCGCCGGUCCCGCGGCUUCAGCAUACCCGCUGGCAGACCUCCCGCAGGCAUGCCGCCGAAGGCUGCCUGACUGCCGUCCUGGCAGGGACUGGCAGGGUGCCCCCCGCGGCUUGCCGCCCCAGGCACGCACUUGGAGCGUUGGUGCCUGGAGCCGCCGCUGAUCUGGGGCCUGUUCUUGCGUCUAGUCCAUUGCAUUUUUGCAUCUAAUCAGUUUCAGCCUCAGACCGAAAUACAGUUAGACCGUGGGAGAAGUUCCACCCCGUCCCUCAGGGCUCAAAUCGCUCUAGGCUGGGCUCUCAGAUCCAGCAUUUAUUUGCCGCACAAGAGGCUAGUUUUGGGGUGGGGGGGUUUGUGUAAACAGAGGGGAAUUGGGGUUGUGAAACUGCAAAGAAUUAUCAUGGGACUGACGCUGAGGUCCAGAAAAGAGGAAACUGCUUUGGACUUGAUUGGAAGUGACCCGAUUCUGAUUGACCUCCAAUCAAAGGGGAUUAAUCUCAGCUAUGCCCAGAUGAGGUACUUGCUCUUGGAGGACGAUUUGUGCCAACGAAGUCAGGAGGGGCAGGUUGCUACCGUCUCAGGCCCAGGCCCUGGAAGGUAUUCAGGUGCUUAGCUCAAUACCAAAAUCCGAGCCAGCGUCUCUAGAGGUCUCCAAGUCUAAAUAAGAGCUAGAUUUUCCCCAGAGAUCAACCCCCGACGUGCUCAGCUCGCUGGAGAAAUUGCAGCUCUUUAAAGUUUCCCUUUGAUGCAUCAAAAGAAAGAGUCUUUCAAGCGCCGAUUUGCUCCAUGGAAGUUGGCUGCCUUUGAGUCUCCGCCAGCGGCCAAGGCUCCAGGGGCAGGCUUGGCGCGCCGUUCCAUUCCGCUCGGAAUCGUCCUUGUCUGUUGCCUGGAUUGAAAUGACACAAAGGACUGGCGGGUGGGAAUUUUCGAAUCCGGCUCCAGCUGCGUUUUGCCUGAAAGCUGGUUCUUUUAAAUCCCCAGGGCGGCUUUUCAAUCUAGAUCAACUGGGCUCGGGUGAAAGCUACGAAGCUGUUUCUGGCCCAGUCAGGCUGGGAGACUGCCAAGGCUCUAGGUUUCUUGGGAGCGGUGGGGGACUGAAAGACACCCUGACACCCGCUCCUGUCUCCCCCAAAUCCAUUGGGUUGUAACUGGUGAUGACUAUAUUCUCUGGCACCUGGGAUCGUUUUAUCCUGAGACAUAUUCCAAACCCAGGCUGAGAUCUGUUGGUUUGUGGGUCUCCAGAUGCCAACUUUCCCCCCAGGUCUUGUUCCUUCUCACACAUUGGAUUCACCUUUCCUAAGAGCCUGGGACUUCUCCUUUGGAAACUGAGCCAAAUUCAUCUUCGAGAGAAAUGGAGGUUGGGUUGGGUUUGAAAACACCCUGUGUUUGGUAGGAAACACAGCUGCUAUAAAGUCUUUGCACCACCAAAGUCAAUAGAGUUAGGACAGUUUGUGCUCUGACGGUUGGCUCAGAGACGGCCAGAGCGGGGAUCGGGCCCAAUCUACUUUUCUACUCCCCUCGCUUAGGUUGCUGACACUUGAGAUCGUUAAAGCUGAAGGCAUUUUGAAUUGAUCCAAUUUCCAGGAGGUGUAUUUCUCUUCGGGGCAACAGCUCGUGGGUAUUUUCACUCCUUUGCCUAGUCAGUGUCACCUGCUGAGCUGGAAAACUCCUGGGCAAAAUUCCCAAUUUUAAAAAUCAAUCCAAGGAACUGAUGAUUUUUUUUCUCUCUUUAAAAAUCCCUGGGGAUCUCGAUAUUUAAAAUCGGAGACAGAUCCUAGCGCCCCGGGCGCUGGGAAAUCAGAUCGCCGGGUAUUUUGCAGUGGGCGCUAAAUUAGCAGUUGGAAAUCUCAGUUGUCAUUAACUGCAGGAGAAUGGGAGCCAGGACUCCUGGGUUCGUUCCCCAGCUCUGGGAGGGGAGCAGAGGCUAGUGGUUAGAGCCAGGGAUUGGGGGGCUGGGUGCCCUGGGCUGCUACCCAAUUGCCCCGCUGUGCUGGGAUAGCGUUGUUAUUGUAGGGCCUAAUGUAUCUUUGGGAGGUAAUCAAAGUCUUUCCGCUUCCUGGCUUUGUGAUGGGGGCCCUGUCCAAACUCCCGCUCUGCUGCUGAAAUCAGUGGCCUGUUUGAUCUCUCGCUGAGCGGAGAGAAGGGACUUUGUAGAUGAGAAGCAGAAGCCAAUGGUGCUGAGUUGUGAAUAUUGUUUUUGGUAUUCAGCCUUUCCUUAUUUUGUGCUGCUCUAUUUAUUUUGCCAACCUUCUGCGCUGUUAAGUUUAUUUACCCGGCUGGGCUGUUUAAACAGGACAAAGGUUUUGAAACAAAGGUGAAACUCACACGGCUGGUGCAGAAAUCAACCAGCUGGAGUCUUCUCACAGGCUUUGCUUAUUUCAGGCCCGGAUCCGGGACCCCUUUGAAAAGGAAAAGCGGCCCUCGUACCACACAUUGACCGAGCAACUUUUCCUGGCGAUGGACUCUCUAAAAAUUGCAGUGGAUUCUGGGGGGGCAGCCAGUUAAUAACACUGCCUUGGGUGGAUCAAGGCGUCACUUUCAAGGUGGAUUGGGCGCUCCCCCCCCCCCCCCAGCCAACAGUGGCGAUUCUGGAUUCCUCUGGGGGAAAGACCCAGGAGUUGGAUUAACGGCCCAGCGCCUGGGUCUCUCCCCCUUCAGGCUGCCAGCGAUUCGAUCUAUUUCUGCCGCCCACGCAGCUGAAGUCUCUAACCGACCAAAAGAGCCAAGGAACCAAAUCUACCUAAAGCCGCGGCGGAGGGCGGCCGGGGCGUGGGUGUCGUGACAAGGGGACCCGUCCCUGAUCACGCUGGGUGUAUGGCCUCUGGGUCAGCGCAGCUGUUCCAUCCCCUGUAUAUAUCCUCUGUACAGCUGGAGACCCCAGUAUGUUCCUAAACCCCCGUGCCCGAAGCCGGGCUUGGCGAAGGGGGUCCCGCUCGGGCCUUUGAGUGAAUGUGCUACAGGAAUGAAAGUGGAAAUAAAAGGAGGAAAAAGUG